AUGUCCUUUUGGGAGCAAGUCUACAGCCGCCUCAUUUUUCAAAGUGGCGUAGGUUUUGUAUACCGCCAACUAUUCAUGCACCCGCCUCCGAUUGCAGCAGGAGUCAAACUCGACGGCCAGGCAGCCAUUAUCACCGGCUUAAACACCGGUCUAGGACUUGAGGCGGCACGCCAGCUCCUCCAGCUGGACCUCACUCGUCUCAUCUUAGCCAUCCGGUUAGAAGCCAAAGGUAACCUCGCAGCAGAGGCUCUUCGUAAUGAGUUUCCAUACGCCCGAGUCGAGGUUUGGAUCCUAGAUAUGGAGGAUCCCGAGUCCAUCUCCGCCUUUGCUACAAGAUGCCAGGCGCUGUGUAGGCUUGAUAUCGCUAUUCUCAACGUCGGGGUGCAGAACAAGGACCGUGUCAUUUCUCCCAAGACAGGAAAAGAGCAGACUUUCCAAGUAAACUACCUCUCAACAAUCAUGCUGGCUGUACUUCUUCUGCCGAUACUGAAAGCCAAAGGGGGACUGGCUGGCAAGCCGGCUAGGCUCACAGUAGUGACAUCUACAACUGCAUAUUUCGCGGAUUUCGACCACGAGGAAGCAAUUUUACCGCAGUUUAACGAAAAGUACCAUGUGACCAAGUGGUAUGCGCGUGAAAAGUUGCUCCAAAUGAUUCUCGUGAGACGACUCGCGGCGCUAGUUGACUCUGAUAAGGUUAUCAUUAACACGGCCUGUCCGGGGCUAGUUAGAAGUACGGAAAUAUGGCGGACCUUGCAUACAAGCUCUUCAUUCAAUCUUAUUCUCCCAGCGUACUUUACUCUCUUUAGUAGAAGUCUGCAAGAGGGUGCUAGUACGUAUGUUCAUGCAGUGGUGAUUGCAGAUCGAGAAAGCCAUGGAGGCUUCUUGAGUGACUGGGGAGUGCGCCCAUUUUCGGUUGUCAUGUAUUCAGAGCGUGGCGAGAAGUUGAUCAAGAAAGUUCUGAGCGAAAGUAAAGAGAUACUAGGAGCUAUAAAUGUCCCAAAAGCCUUGAUAUACGAUCCAUAG